AAAAAUAUUUAUAAAUUUUGGCAUGGAGAGAGAAUUCCUGAGAUUUUCCCGUCUAUUCUAUUCGACCUUUUUCUCUCCAAUCGCCUGCGUUUCCCGAGCGAAGCCCGAGAUAUCGAGUUCCUCCACCAGAUUCCGUUCUUUUAAGGGUUUUUGGAAUCAUUCACUUCGAUGGAUUCGGCGUCUCCGAGCCAGCCGGAGUUCGAUUAUUUGUUUAAGCUGUUGCUUAUUGGUGAUUCCGGCGUUGGUAAGAGCAGUCUUCUUCUCAGAUUCACUUCGGACUCCUUCGAAGAUCUUUCCCCUACAAUUGGUGUUGACUUUAAAGUAAAGAUUGUCAACAUCGGGGGUAAAAGGUUGAAGCUUGCAGUCUGGGAUACAGCUGGGCAGGAAAGAUUCAGAACCUUAACAAGUUCAUAUUACAGAGGAGCACAAGGAAUCAUCAUGGUUUAUGAUGUGACAAGAAGGGACACGUUCACAAAUCUUUCAGAUAUAUGGACCAAGGAAAUAGACCUUUAUUCGACUAAUCAAGAUUGCAUUAAAAUGCUUGUUGGUAACAAGGUUGAUAAGGAAAACGAGAGAGUUGUGACUAAGAAAGAAGGAAUUAACUUUGCCAGGGAAUAUGGAUGUUUGUUCCUCGAAUGUAGUGCAAAAACUCGUGUUAAUGUGGAGCAAUGCUUUGAGGAGCUUGUGUUAAAGAUCUUGGAAACCCCCAGCCUUUGCGCUGAGGGUUCAUCCAGUGUGAAAAAGACCAACAUCUUCAAGCAAAAACCCCCUCAAGAAGAUGCAUCUACCAGCAGCUGUUGUUAAUAGUUUGUUUGUAUUCAGCCUCUGGUUGUAUGGUUCUAAUGUUACCCUUGGUAAUCGUUCUAAAGCUUCUCCUUGAUCGUUAUAGGUUCAUGUACAGUGGUUAUUAAAGUCUGUUUGAUUUGUGUCACAUUCCCAGCUGGUUCGAUAAAUUUCAGCUAGGCUUUGACUAGUGCAUUUUUUUUAUGAGAGAGCAUUGGCAACUUUUUUGAAUAAUAAAGAAUGGUCUAUAAUA